UGUUAAGGUGGCCCUUUGCAGCUUCUUACCCACUUCAAAUAUGGUCGUCAAGCUCCAGUCUCCUUUACCUCCUGAGCGUGGAGACAGCUCUGGCUUCAUGCCCAUUUCCAAAAGGGCCUCCUCACGCGAGGCUGCGGUUCUGAGUGCGCAGACGCGAACGUAAGUCCUCUUCCUGGUAAGAUGGCGCUGGGGUUGAUGUGCGGACGCCGGGAGCUUCUGCGCCUGUUACGGCCCCAGCGUCAGUUCCACAGCGUCGCAGGGCCCUGCCAAUGGCCCCGGAAAGCGCUGACAGCGGGGCUCCGGUUCCCAGCCGGCCGCUGCUGCGGGCACCCGCACUACGUCCUCCUCGCUGCCCCAGGCCCCCGGGGCCUCAGUACCUCUGCCAUCUCUUUUGCAGAAGCCCAGGUUCAGGCCCCUCCGGUCAUUCCUGCAACUCCCCCACCUACAGCAGUACCUGAGGUGGCUUCUGGAGACACUGCAGAUAUCAUCCUGGCUGCUGCAGAACAGAGCUUCACUGAGCUUGGACUGGGGUCAUACACCCCAGUGGGACUGAUCCAGAACUUACUGGAAUUUAUGCAUGUUAACCUAGGCCUACCUUGGUGGGGGGCCAUUGCUGCAUGUACAGUCCUUGCCCGCUGCCUGGUGUUUCCUCUCAUCGUGAAGGGCCAGCGAGAGGCAGCUAACAUCCACAACCACUUGCCAGAGAUUCAGAAGUUUUCCGCUCGAAUCAGAGAGGCCAAGUUGACAGGAAACCAUACUGAAUUUUACAGGGCCUCCUCGGAGAUGACGUUCUACCAGAAAAAGCAUGAUAUUAAACUCUUCAGACCUCUCAUUCUACCUCUGACUCAGGCCCCGAUCUUCAUCUCUUUCUUCAUUGCCUUGAGAGAAAUGGCUAACCUUCCUGUGCCCAGCCUGCAGACAGGUGGCCUCUGGUGGUUCCAGGAUCUCACACUAUCUGACCCCACUUACAUGUUACCUCUGGUGGUCACUGCUACAAUGUGGGGUGUCCUUGAGCUAGGUGCUGAAACUGGCGUGCAAAGUUCUGACCUUCAGUGGAUGAGAAAUUUUAUCAGAUUGAUGCCCCUGGCAGUCUUGCCCAUAACUAUCCAUUUCCCCGCGGCAGUGUUCAUGUACUGGCUGUCCUCCAACGUAUUUUCCCUGGGCCAGGUGGCCUGCCUCCGUAUUCCAGCUGUACGCACUGUACUUAAAAUCCCCCAGCGUGUUGUGCAUGACUCAGACAAAUUACCUCCCCAGGAAGGCUUCAUAAAGAGCUUCAAAACAGGCUGGAAGAAUGCCGAAAUGGCACAUCAGCUACAGGAGCGUGAACGACGCAUGCGGAAUCACUUGGAGCUAGCAGCCAGGGGUCCCUUACGACAGACCUUUACCCACAACCCUCUGCUACAGCAUGGAAAGAAUGGACCUCCCAACACCCCCAAUAGCAGCAGCAACAAACCAAAGUCAAAGCAUCCCUGGAGUGACACACUUGGCUGAAUUCUCUUCCCUGCUCAUACUGGCAGGAACUCUCUCUCUUGAGAGACUCAGCCUUAGAACAAGAACUGAUGCUGGGUCCUUGCCCCAGACCUAGAAACUGUGGGACAUGUUGAUGUUCAUUUUAAAAGUGGAUUCCACUACAGACUCUUCCACCUAAGUGUAAAAGAACACUGGGGAGCCAAGUGAUCUUCCCAUCCGCUGAGUUAGUAAACUUCCGUAUUACGUGCUGCUCCCUGACACUUAUUAAACAGGGAAACGGACUGAGUGCUUCAGAGAAAAGAAUAGGUUGGGUGAUGAUUGUUCUUGUUGGCGCAUGCUCUUAGGAGGCAUCUCAGUGUUGUAGCCUGGCAUUAAGGGCUUAGAUGUGUUGUCCCGUCCAUACUUGCUUUGUGGUCAGAGGUAUGCAUGGUAAGCGGAGACUGUAUCUGGAGGAACCACAUUCAUUUACCCCAAGAUUACCUAUAAAAUAUUCUUCAAGAAGUA